AUUUUAAUGAUAUUGUAUUUUAAUAAUUUUAUCUCAGUUUAUAUAUGUUGUUACGCGCGCAAUGCAUAAGGUAUAUUAUAGAAUAAUACUAUCAUUGAUACGCAAGAUUUUGCAUACUAUGUGAUAGAUGGAUUCAAAUUUAACCAAGAGAGUUCAAAGAUAAAUCCUUUAUCAAAAUGUCCAAAUUAUACAUGGACAUCUUGAAACAGAACUAAAGAAAAACCACGCGUCCUUAUUAAUCCCCACCGUUUGCCGAAAAACGUACAGAUGCAACGGUGUGACGUAGGUCUUCACUUUCACUCCGCAGCCGAGUGCGAGUAUACGUUCGCACGUAAUCGCAUUCCGAUAUUCGCGAUAUUAAGAAAGGUCGAUCCACCACUUCAGUCUAUCAGCCGCGUCGCCGCUACAAGACGCAUUGUAAGCCAUCGCUCGUCGAUUAUGAUUGAUUAUCCGCGGGAAAUCUUCUGGAGGACGAUAAUACUUGUUUGAGAAAAGAUCACCGUGUGAGAGAUGCAGUAUCGCGGUUUUUUGCGAUUUCCAUUUGCGAUUGUGUAACUUGUACCAGUUUCCACGUUCUGUUUCAAGGACUCGAAUAUUAUACGUGAAAUACUUAAAAAAAAAUACGAACAAUGAAUGGAUUCAAUUGCUUCGACAACAAAGUAAUAUUCGACGAAGCCUGUGUGAAUGUGAUAUCGCACAAUAGCAAUCAUGAUUCCUUGUGGCUUUAUUCGCUCUCUACCGACUGCUUGUCGUGUCCAUAUAAGCGGCUGAUAAAUAUUCCCACCACCACCAAUAUCAGCUUGAAAUUCGCUACGGUUAAAGCGGUAAAGUGGAGAGUGCUGGAUAACGAUGGCGUCAAAGAGUAUAUAUCUGCCAAGGACAAUAGCAAUAUUUUCUGCGAACUUUCGCCAAAUAUAGGACAAUAUGGCUUGUACGAAUUGGCGAUACAAAAUGAGAAAUGUAAUUUUAGAACUUUGAGGAACUCGACGUAUCCCUACACAGAACUUUUUGUCAUUUUGGGAGUAAUCGUGUUGAUCUUACUCGGUAUAUCCGCCGGGAGAUCUUUAUGGUACAUGUACAAAAAUCGAUAUGGAAAAAACGGAGAGGAAGGAGCAACUAGCAAGGAACCGACGAAACGUCGCGUGAAAGCUAUCGACGCUUUCAGGGGAGCCAGCACUCUCUUUAUGAUUUUCGUCAACGAUGGCUCGGGCAGUUACUCUGUGUUAGGCCAUACAACUUGGAAUGGCAUGUUGCUUGGUGAUCUUGUAUUCCCCUGUUUCAUGUGGAUCAUGGGGGUUUGCGUUCCCAUAGCUUUGUCGGCGCAGUUGAAGCGCGGAGUUUCGAAGCUCAAUAUCGGUCUCACUGUGUUAAAGAGGAGCUUUUUUCUAUUUCUGAUCGGCGUCUCGUUGAACACAUUGGGUACAAACGCGCAAGUGGAAAAAAUACGUGUGUUCGGAAUUCUUCAACGACUUGGAAUUACUUAUUUGGUUGUCAGCCUAAUGUACCUUGGCUACACGCCCUCACUUCAGGGCCAGAAUUCACCGCGGAAUUCAGUAACGCGCGUUUUAAGGGACAUACAGGUCCUCAUACCGCACUGGUCCUUAAUGCUAAUCUUCGUGAUAGUGCAUUGCGGUCUGACGUUUGGUCUCGCCGUUCCCGGUUGCCCCACUGGCUAUCUCGGUCCGGGCGGCAUACACGAGGACGGUAAUUAUUUUAACUGUACCGGAGGCGCGGCUGGAUACAUCGACCGUAUUAUAUUGACCUCGGAGCACAUUUACACGAGACCGACCAUUGCUUCGGUUUAUGGAUCCGGUCCUUUCGACCCUGAGGGAAUUUUAGGAUGCCUCACGGCGAUAUUUCAGGUGUUUCUCGGCGUACACGCCGGUGUAAUCCUUAUAAUAUAUAAGGAUUGGAAAGGACGUGUCAUUCGAUGGCUUCUCUGGGCUGUAUUGUAUGGUGUUUUGGGAUGCGCCCUUCACUUCAGCAACGUUAUACCCGUCAACAAGAACUUGUGGUCUCUCUCCUUCGUGUUCGUUUCAACCGCUUUCGCCUUGGCUUUCCUUUCCGGAUGUUACUUGCUGAUCGAUGUUGUCCGAGUUUGGCGGGGCGGUCCUUUCAGAAUAGCCGGUAUGAACGCGUUGGUGUUAUACGUGGGCCACAUGAUGUGUUACCAAAUCUUUCCGUUCCACUGGCGGAUCGGCGCGAUGGACAGCCGUGCUUUGAAUUUCAUCGAGUCGAUUUGGGUUGUGGCACUCUGGGCGAUCAUUGCAUACGUUAUGCAUCACAAACGCACGUACAUCACGCUUUGAGCUACGUCUAUUUAUGAAAUAUCUUGCAUUUGUAUCGCAUUUACUGUGUCUUCAACCUAAGAAUAGGUAACCAACUAUACAGAUACAUUAUGUAAUCCGUACAUCACGCGACAUAUUGAGAUGGCAGAAACUUGCUCGCAAGUAAAAUGUAACUUUAAUUGCAUGUAUGUACGUCACGAAUUUUGUACACUAUUUCCAAGCAGGAGCAGCGACAUUGCACUUUCGGUAAUGAACAAUUAAAUAAUAUGCCGAGGCACAGGUUUCAACUUUACAAAUAAUUUAUUGUACAACUUUAUGGAUAUAUAUGCGUGUGUAUAAGUAGUACAUUGACAAAUUCAGGUAAUAAGGAUUACCUUCAAUUUACGUGUAGAUAUAUUCUCGAGUAAUGAUUAAUAUUCUUAAAGAGAACGUUAUAAUUUUCAUGACGAACCAUCGAUCUUAAAUAAAACAAACCACAUGUUUCUGCUCAAAAUAUUGCGACACUUCGACGAUACGGCCAACCUCCUACACAAGAGACGAUUCGAUCCUCAGAUUCUAUCAGACGUCACGGGUAAAGAGAUGCUUUCUCGAGGAAUCUUUCGAGAAGUCCCGUGAAGCAACUGCAACGUCUUUAUUAUGAAAUUUCAGAUUCAUGUUUAAGUGAAUUACUUCGACCAAAUGCACAUACGUUCAAAGCGUUUCUAACAAUUAUUAAAAAAAAGCAUAAUUAGCAAAAUGUUCUCGUAUUAUACCGAGAAAAUAACGAGUCAGUUUCUCAACGAAACAAGUCUCUAAUGCAAGUAGACAGUUCGAGACAAGUUUGGAAAUUGUCUUUGACGGCAGUGUGAAACGUUUCAUGAGUUUAUAUCGUCAACAAUUCGCAAUCCUCUCUGAAGGAAUCUUCGGUUCAGUUUUUUCUUUCUUUUUUUUUUCAUUUCGUUGGAGGAUCGGCUAGGCGCAACAUGGAUGAGCGUUGGUGAAUUAUCGCGUAAACAAAAAAUAGAAAAAAGCACACUAACAAUUUGA